AUGAAUCCCUCAAGGCCGUCGCCCACGCGAAACGUGUUUGAUCAGCCGCUGGUGGGCCAGACGUUGUAUAACAAUGGUGUCAGCGUCCAGAGCUACCCUUUCCCAAUGUCAGCAGGUUACAGCAAUCCUCCUCUGUUCGGAUCUUUCAACGCUGUACCUUCAUAUAGUCCACCCCGCAGCAAUCAAAGGACGAGCGUCGGACCAACUGCCCGCAGUGCCCGUGCAGACACUGUACGUGGCCCUUAUGCAAGACAUCGAGAGCCAGUACCAGGAAGCCGGGCUCGAGAUCCGAGACCACCACCCCAAGCACCGAGUCAAGCAAGGGAACAAACAUACCCUGGAUUCGAACAACCUCCAUGGAUAUCCUUUCCGGGUCCGAGUCGCCGCUCGGAUCGUAGUACAUCCCCGCGCGCCUCGAAUCGUAGGAAUUUCGAGCGGUACUCGGUCGACCUCUCACAGUCGAGCACGUCGUCUGACGCAGAAGAAGCGGCUGCCCGUGCGCCACCAUCGAACCGCAUGAGGCACCGACCAAGAGAAGUACGACCACGGCCGCCAGGCCGCCACACUUUCAGUGACCCCAAUGUUUCCACUGCUCGCCAGAUCAAUAUACUGAAGCUCAGCCUAAAUCGGCAUCUACCAAGCGCGCUUCCAGAGGAUGCGUCCAAAACUUGUGAUAUCUGUCAGAAAGACUACGCCACGACACUUGUAGCACCCACAGAAGACGAGGAGAAUGCUGUGCAGCUAGUUUGCGGACACAGAUUUGGAGAGUUUUGCAUAAACCAAUGGUUUGAUACGUGCAGAGAACAUAAGAACAAAGUUACUUGUCCCAUGUGCCGGGCACAGCUGAUAGAAGAGUCCCGAUGGAUCCCACCCUUGCUACAUGCAUCUUCACGUGGGCAGGCAUUUAUCGAACUUCUUGCCCGCGAACAAGAACUACUUGCUCGCGCAGAAAUGCAGGCCCAGGAGUUUCAGAGCCAUAUUUACCAGACAUGA